AUGUCGCCCGAGGCCGCCGCUGGCUUCGACCGCGCCCUGCCCGCCGCCGGCGGUGCCGGCAACUUCAUGCUGCGCUUCCUGGCGGUCGGCUCGCCGCUCAACUUCGCGCCUCCGCCGCCUCCGCCGCCUCCGCCGCCUCCCGGCGCUGCCAAAAUCCUGCAGCAGCAGCAGCAGCAGCAGCGGCGGCAGUUUGCCGCGAUGCCGGGGCUCUGCGGCGGCGUCGGCGGCGCCAGGCCGGCGCUUCCUCCGCCGUCGCCGGAUCCGUCGCGGAAUUCCUGCGGAUUCGGCGGCAGCGGCGCCGCGGCAGCGGCAGGAAGUGGGCGGCUUGCGCCCGUCCCUGGCGGCGGCGCCGCCUCUACCGCCUCUACCGCCUCCUCGCUGUGGAACCCGUUUGGCGCGGCGCUGGCUGCUCAGGCUGCUCAGGCUGCUCAGGCUGCUGCUGCUGUGGCUGCUCAGGCUGCUGCUGCUCAGGCUGCUGCUCAGGCUGCUGCUGCUGCUGCUGCGGGCGGCGACGCGAGGGGCAGGAAGAGGUGGAGGGACGGCGGCUCUGCUGGCGCCCGCGGCGGUGCCGGUGAUGAGUCUGGAGCAGCGGGAACGCAGCACGGCAACAAGCGGCUGCGGAUUAAGAUGCCAUCGUUCAAUCUGUUGGAGUUUGGGGACACGGGAGAUGAGGCAGAGGAGGAGGAAGAUGACGAUGACGACGAUGAUGACGACGAUGAGAGGGUGGAGAGGAUGGGCGUGGUGAAUCUGCCUGCCGCUGCCGCUGCAGCCACCAUGGCCACCACCGCCACGAUGAUCUCCUCUUGCAACUUCAGCACCCGCGCUGAGGAGUUGGCGGCCUUGUGCACACCGUGCGAGGAGGGCACCGACGAGGAGCCGUUCAGCUCCCCGCUGCUCGCCCUCCUGCUCCGCCGGCAGGCCGCCGCCGAGCUGGAGGAGGCCCGGCGGCGCCGGCGGCGGCAGCGGCGGCGGCGGCGCCGCCGCCGGCGGCAGAGCGGCAAGCGGCGUCGUCACGGCGACGAUCACGACGAUGACGACGAUCACGACGACGACGAUGAUGACGAUGAUGACGAUGACGAUGAUGAUGACGGCGGCAGCGGCAGCAGCGGCGGCUUCGAUGACGGCGACUGUGGAGAUUUCGCGGCCGUUCGAUCCCCGUGGGACUGCCCCCCCAACGCCAACGCCGGUGCCAACACCGCCAACACCGCCAAUGCCGCGGCCGGCGAGAAGAUGCUGGGUGCAGUGACGACGUCGCCGCCGCCGCCACCGCCGCCGCCGCCGCCGCCGCCGGGGUCGCCGCCGCCGCCGCCGGGGCGACCGCCCCCCGGCGAAGCGGAGAAGCCCGGACUCAUCGUGGAGAUCGCCAGCGACGACGGCUUCUACGUGCGCACGCGCUCCGUGCACGAAGCGUGGAAGGCGGUGACUGACGGAGUUCUGCAGCUCAGAAAGAAGUCUUGGCAGCGACCUGUCAUCUUUGACGGCCUGUCGGGUGUCCGCUUGCUGGGCUUGUGUCAUGACUCGGUCUGCUUCCUGCUGGAGCAGCUCCCGGGCUCUGCUCGCUGCACGGGCCACAACUUCCGCUUCCACCGCCGCUGCGGCGGCCAAGCCGCCCUGCCGCUCAACGCCAGCGGCACCGCUCGCACGGAGCCCUUCAGCAGUCGUGUCCCAGUGGACAUGUUCAACUUCCUGGUGUCACGUCACCGCCAGCGUCCGGAGGCUCGGCCUCACGAAGACGAAGACCUGGACGAGAUGCAGCUCAAGUCGGCUCGGCGUGCCACGAGUCUCGAUCUGCCCAUGGCCAUGAGGUUCCGGCACCUCAAGAAGACUUCCAAGGAAGCGGUGGGCGUCUACAGGUCCGGUAUCCAUGGGCGUGGGCUAUUCUGCAAGCGUCCCAUCGAGGCGGGCGAGAUGGUGGUGGAGUACUCCGGCGUCGUCAUCCGCUCCGUGCUAGCGGACAAACGCGAGAAAUACUACGAUGGGAAGGGUAUAGGCUGCUACAUGUUCCGCAUGGACGACUACGAGGUGGUGGACGCCACGAUGCACGGCAACGCCGCGCGGUUCAUCAACCACUCGUGCGAGCCCAACUGCUACUCGCGCGUCAUCGCCGUGGACGGCGCCAAGCACAUCGUGAUCCUGGCCCUGCGCAGGAUCUCGCGCGGCGAGGAGCUCACCUACGACUACAAGUUUCCCCUGGAGGACGCCCGCUCCAAGCUGCCCUGCGACUGUGGCGCGAGGCGAUGUCGCAAGUUUCUCAAUUGAGCGGCCGUGGGGUGGGUGGUGAGUGGGGUGGGUGGGUGGGUGGGGUGGGUG